UCUGUAUUGGUCAUAGAGAAUGCACCUCUCUAUUCUGUAUUGGUCAUAGAGAAUGUAUUUAUACCGACUUCUGUGUACCUCUAUUCUGUAGGUCUAUUGGAGAAUGUAUUUGUACCAACCUCUGUGUAUCUCUGUAUGUAUUGGCCACAGAGAUUGUAUUUGUAGCCUAUCAUUCUCGGGUGCCGCCAAUCUCUACUCUAUAUUUAUUGCUUGUCGUCUUUUAGAUAAAGUAUAUUAUUGCUAACCUAUGUGUAAAUCGUAUUUUUAAGGCUUGUGGAAUAAUUUUUAGGUGCGCGUGUGAUUUUGAUGGUUUAAUUCCUUGGUGAAAUAAUUGUAUUGAUAUGACGUUGUUAUGGGUAUAAAAUGGUUUUAUUUCAGAAAUCGAAUGUCUUGACAGUUCGGUAAAGUUUAAGUGGAAACAAAAGGUAUACUUACUGAUUGCAAUGUCUAUGUAGUCUUGUCCGCAGGUUUGACUUAUCGGUUUUGUUUGGGUAUGGUGCAACUUAGAUUAAUAGGCGAUUUAAGACCUACAUAUGUUGAGUGGAAAAUAACGCAUAUUUAUUGAUAUACUAUUGUAUUUGAUAGGUUUUGGACGUAAAAAAGAUUUGUUUCAAAGUGGUUGUAUUUCAGAAGACGAAUGUCUUGACAAUUCAGUGCAUUAGUAACAAUUAAAUAGUUUUAUGUCGACAUGUUGAAAAUGUGUGGAAGUGCGAGAAGUAUAUUGUAUAUAUUGUGGAUAGGUAUAUUGUGUUUUAUCACUAGAAUAUCAGCAGCGGAAGAACAUAUUCCUACACCAUGGGAAAGAACUAUAAGCGGUCUUCUGAAAGGUUAUGACGCCAAUAUUCCUCCCAAUUUUGAAGACGAUAUUCCAACCAAUGUGACGGUACAACUGUAUAUUGUUAGUUUUGAUUCCAUCAGUGAAGCUACAAUGGACUAUUCACUGACAGUGUUUCUACGACAAUCCUGGACAGAUCACAGAUUACAGUACACAAAGUUACCCAACAUAAGAUCUCUAGAAUUAGAUGCACGGUUGAUGGAGCAAAUCUGGGUACCGGAUCUCUUCUUUACCAACGAGAAAACUGCAGCUUUUCAUCACGUGACUGUUCCAAAUAGAUUAAUGCAUAUUUUUCCUAACGGAACACUUUACUAUAGUUGUCGGAUAUCUAUGACAUUAAGUUGUGAUAUGGAUCUACAUAAAUAUCCAUUUGAUGAUCAAGAUUGUCAUAUUGUUAUGGAAAGUUAUGGCUAUUCCACCAGUAAUCUGAUAUUUAAGUGGAAUUCUCAACCUAUUAUAAAAAGACCGGAAGUAUCUCUUCCUCAGUUUGAUCUGGUCACGUGGACGUGGUCUGAUUGUACUAAAACAUAUGUAAAUACUAAUUACACUUGCCUUAGUGCUGACUUUUAUUUGAAUAGAAAUUAUGGAUAUUAUAUAGCCCAGGUGUAUAUACCUAGUGUGUUGGUUGUUAUCUUAUCCUGGGUCUCGUUUUGGUUGGACAUUGAUGCUAUCCCGGCUAGGAUAUCACUAGGACUGUUGACAGUUCUCACCAUGACAACACAGAGUUCCGGUGCACGUGCUAAUUUACCACGAGUCUCGUACAUCAAAGCUAUUGACGUGUGGAUGGCCAUGUGUUUAUUCUUUGUGUUCGCAGCUCUGGUGGAGUUUGCCUAUGUAAAUGUUAUGUCUAGAGUUGAACGCAGACGACAGACCAUCAGAGGGGAAGUUUCUUCAGUGUCCAUUGAUCAAGAAGUUGGGAAUAUUUUAGAGGAGAAGCCGAAUGGUAAAUUCAAAAACAAAAGACUAUCAAAUAUGACAGCCCAGAACAGACAUCGAGCGCGACAAAUGGACAAAAUCUCCCGUAUAGCCUUUCCAGGUGUCUUUAUCGGUUUUAAUAUAGUCUAUUGGACAACGUAUAUGUUAUGGGAUGGCACAUAAGAUAACAUCUUAUUUGUGUCGGAUGGGGGAAUAAUUAGAAACUCAAUGAAACUUGAGACUGACCCUUGGUGUUGUAGUAUAUUUGUGGAUUCCGGAUUUUCUUUCUCCGCUACAAGUUAUAGUUUUCUAUUUUGUCGAGUUGUUGUGCAGGUUCAACGGGGGGGCUUGCCUUGUGGUCUAUCGGAUAUUGUUUUAUGACUUAAAUUGCGAUUGUUAAAACAAUUUGUCAUCUUAUUGUGACUCUACGACUAACAGCUAUUUUGGUUAUAAGAACAUUAUUCCUGUUUUAUAUUUUGUAAAAAGCGAUUGGGCCGGAUAAAGAAAACAUUGUAGCCACCUGAAGAAAGAGUAUAAAUCAGAAAUGAAAAAGUGGUUACGUACAUAUUAUUAUUUUCUAUUGCCUGCGCCAUUUUCCGCUUAUAUUUAUUUUGUUUUGCUUAUGGAGCUCAAUUGUAGUUGAGCGAUAAGGGACUGGAAUGGUGGGUUCGAAUCCCGGCGUGGACUGACACGUAUCUCGGGAUUUUUCCGACCGUGUUCCCUGUUGUCAGGGGGUAGAACCUCUACACACGCCACUAGAUAUGUAUCCAACCCCCAACCCCAUGCACGCCUCGACCUAUUAACUAUUCCAACUAGAAAUAUAACAAAUGGAACAAAAACCCAAGUCCACCCUUGUCCACGUUGACGUGCACGUGAAAAAUCCCUUGUCAGUUGUAUUUUUAAGAACAGGCAGAACCACCAUAUUUAAGGAAGCCAGAACACCAGAGUCCUUUAAAGACUCGCCUAUUUAAUAGUGAAUAUCAAACGUGGCAGUGCGCUCAGUGAGUGCUGUAGGGCUUAUGCUAUCACAUAAAAUUUUCGAUUUUUAUUUAUAUUUGCCUUUUCUUGUGCUUUGGACAAAUGCAUUUUAAUAGUUUGUUUAGGUAGAUGAUAAUGAAUUUUAUAUUAUUUCAACUACCGCAGUUCAACAAGCAUAAAUGGGUGUUUAUAAAUGCACUCAGAGAACUAUCUACUUUAAGUAUAGAUCUAUUCCCAGAAUGACCGUCAUAUUGAAAUAUUAGUGUAAGUUUUGAUAUUUUGCUGUUCUAAUCCGUUUUACGUCUUUCAUACACAGAAGGACUAGAUUAUAAACAGUAUUAAUUACAUUAAGUAUUAAAAUGGUUGCGUAAUAAAUACAUCUCAAAAUUAUCUUAGUUGGCGAAGUGUUUUCGACUAACUAAAAUCGUCGAUGUAAGGAUAACAAUGUCGGUCAACCAGCUUCGUAUUUCUUUCCUCGCGAUUCCUGCCCAUGAAUUCAAGAUGUCACUAAGCCGUAAAUUGUAUUGAGCCAUGGCGCAGUGUAUAAAGUUGUACCUAGGGUUCCUUUGUUUUGUUUUGUUUUUCCUAUUUACAAAAGACUGAAAUUUUUACUUUUUGAAUUUAUUGUAAAAGAUUAUUUAAAAUCCACUGCAUGUGCCAUUUCAUUAAUUUUUUAAAAUAGAUUUUCACUCGGUGAUUUAUUUUGUUAAAUGUAGUUAUUAUCAAGUUAAAUAUGUAGUUAUCACAUUGUAAAUAAAGAAUUUUUUUAUACAAAAA